CUGCUGGUUCUCUCAGUAGGUGACCAUGUUGGGAAGAACAGGAACCUUCGUAGGACGUUGCAGGGUUGAGCUCCAGCAGCGGCAUCACUCCUUCUCCCACCCCCAACCUCCUCCUGAGCUCCCCAGACUCCAUUACCCAGCAGGCAGCAGGAGCAGGAAGUACAGGACGGGGCAGGAGGCGGGGCAUAUGAGCUCAGCUCAGAUCAACAGCAUCUUAAAGUCCAACGAAUACAGUCACAUCCUCCUCAGAGGUCCCGCUUCACAUGGCGUCCUUGGUUUCCAUAGCAACAUGUUGCCGUCCAACCAUCCUGGUGAGGACCGUCGCAGCAGCGCCACCUGCCUGCCAGGCCGCGGCGGUGUGCUGUUUGGUGUGUUUGAUGGCCACGCGGGGUCAGCGUGUGCUCACGCCGUUAGCCAGAGGCUCUUCUACUACGUCGCCAUAGCAACGCUGCCACUGAGGACGCUGGAGGAGCUGGAGCGGGCGGUGCAGGAGGAGCGGGCCGUACCGCCGCUGCUCGAGUGGCACAAAUACCCCCGAGACCACGACCUCCCUGAUGGAGGAGAGACGUUCUUCUACAGCCUCCGAAACUACUGGCAGGAGAGACUGCAGGAGGAGCAGGAGCAGGAGGAGGACGGAGGCAGGGUGACAUCAGCACUGGUCAAUGCUUUCCUUCGCCUUGACUACGACCUGUCUGUGGAGGCUCAGGUCCACCUACAAGUGUCUCUCCCUGGGGAGGCAUCAUCUCUGUUCUCACCCCUUCGGGUGGUGCUGUCUGGCUGCACGGCUUGCAUUGCCCACGUCUCCAGGGGCGUCCUGCAUGUGGCGAACCUGGGAGACAGUCGGGCCGUCCUGGGCGUCCAGGAGGCGGAUGGAUCCUGGUCGGCGGUCAGCCUAACCAACGACCACAAUGCUCAGAACCCGGAUGAGCUGCAGAGGAUUUUGGGGGAACAUCCGGCAUCUGAGCAGCGGACAGUGGUCCGCCAUGACCGCCUGCUGGGCCUCCUGCUGCCCUUCAGGGCGUUCGGCGACAUUCGCUUCAAAUGGAGCACCGAAAUGCUGAGUCGAGUCUAUGAGACGCGACCAGACGUCCUGUCUACAGUCAGCGAAGCGGUCCGUGCGCCACCGCUGCACUACCUGACCCCGCCCUACCUGAGCGCCCAGCCUGAGGUCACUGUGCACUGCAUCACACCGGCCGACAAGUUCCUGGUCCUGGCAACGGACGGACUCUGGGAGCUGAUGCACCGACAGACGGUUGUCCAGCUGGUGGGGGACCAGCUGACAGGUCUUCAGCAGCAAAAACCCAUAAUACCCGGCAUUGGCACAACGCUGGGCAACCUGCAGCGCCUCCUGCUGCAGAGGAGGGGGCAAGUCCUGUCAGUGCUGGAGGACCAGAAUGCUGCCACCCACCUGCUCCGCCAUGCCCUGGGGGAUGAUGGGUACGGAGCAGUGGCACCGAACCGCCUGGCCAAGAUGUUGAGCCUGCCAGCAGAGCUCGCCAGGAGGUACCGCGAUGACAUCACCAUCACUGUCAUCCACCUGAACGAGCCUGACCUUUGA